AUCCCGUUUCCCUCCAGCAACCCGAGUUGCCUGUGAGCUGGUUCUUCUCCACAGUAAAAGAUGUCCUUUAGCUCGUUUCUCAUCGUCACAGACGCGGGAUCUUUCUCAGGAUGUCUGGAAUGGGUGUGAGAUGAAGCAGUAAAGUACGGAGACAUGGCUUCAGGCAGGGACAGGAGAUCUCUAAGAAAGAUGUUUCCUCAGUCCACCAAAUCCAUCGUCUUCGACAGCUUUCCCGAUCCGUCAGACACCUGGGAGAUCGUGGAGACGAUCGGAAAAGGAACCUAUGGCAAAGUGUACAAAGUGCUGCAGAAGAGCAACGGUAGUGAGGCAGCCGUCAAAGUGCUGGAUCCAGUUCAUGAUAUCGAUGAGGAGAUCGAGGCAGAGUACAACAUCCUGAACGCCCUCUCUGAUCAUCCCAAUGUGGUGAAGUUCUUUGGCAUGUUCUACAAAAAGGAUCCAAAAUGUGGGGACCAGCUGUGGUUAGUGCUGGAGCUGUGUAACGGCGGCUCGGUGACGGACCUGUCCAAGGGAAUGCUGAAAAGAGGAGAGCGGAUGGACGAAGCCAUCAUCGCGUAUAUCUUACACGGGGCUCUCAUGGGCCUGCAUCAUUUGCACGAGCACAAAACCAUCCAUCGAGACGUCAAAGGGAACAACAUCCUUCUGACCACUCAGGGGGGAAUUAAGCUGGUCGACUUCGGCGUAUCAGCUCAGCUAACCAACACCCGUCUCCGGAGGAACACCUCCGUCGGAACGCCGUUCUGGAUGGCUCCUGAGGUCAUAGCAUGUGAGCAGCAGCUGGAUUCGACGUACGAUGCUCGCUGUGAUGUCUGGUCACUCGGUAUCACCGCCAUCGAACUGGGAGAUGGAGACCCACCCCUGUCGGACCUCCACCCCAUGAGAGCUCUCUUUAAAAUCCCAAGGUGA